CAUAUGUGUAGGUUCAGAAAACAUGCAGAUAAUGUAUCCAGCAAUCUUUGAUCAGCUUUUGGCAUUUGUAGAAUUCUCCUGUAAACCGCCACAGUAUGGACAGCUGGAAAUGAAACACAUUGCAAAUGCAAAAUAUAAUCAGAUACAACUAUUUGCACCGGCAGAAUGGGUAGCAUUGAAUUACGUACCAUUUGCUGAGAGAUCUUUGGAAGUUGUGGUGGAUUUAUAUCAAAAGACUGCUUGCCACAAAGCUGUAGUUAAUGAGAAAGUUCUUCAGAACAUUAUUAAGACACAGAGGAUACCUCUGAGCCUGAAGUACGCCUGCCCCUCUGAAAGCACAUGGAAACUAGCAGUAUCUUCUCUUCUUAAAGUUCUUUCUAUUGGACUGCCAGUUGCAAGGCAGCAUGCUUCUUCUGGAAAAUUUGACAGUAUGUGGCCAGAACUAGCCAACACACUUGAAGACUUUUUUUUCACCAAAAGGUACAUGCAACUUUAUUUUUAAAGUUGUGAAAAAAUG